ACGGUUCCGGCGCGCGCCUGGGGCGGCAGCGCGAGGCCGGGGAACAGUUGGGGCCGGGUAGGAAACGUAGUCAACGCCGCCGCAGCCGCCAUGCAGCUGACGGUGAAGGCCCUUCAGGGCCGCGAGUGCAGCCUGCAGGUGGCAGAGGACGAGCUGGUGUCCACGCUGAAGCAGCUGGUCUCCGAGAAGCUGAAUGUGCCGGUGCGCCAGCAGCGUCUACUUUUCAAGGGCAAGGCCCUAGCAGAUGACAAACGACUGUCAGAUUACAGCAUUGGACCCAAUUCCAAGCUCAACCUAGUGGUUAAACCUCUGGACAAGGUGUUACUGGAAGCAGGCACUGCCCGCAGACUGGCUGACUCUGCACCGACGCCUGUCUGGCAGCUGAUCUCUAAAGUCCUUGCCCGCCACUUCACUGUGGCAGAUGCCAGCAGGGUCCUGGAACAGCUACAGAGGGAUUAUGAGAGAUCUCUAAGCCGCCUGACAUUGGAUGACAUCGAACGCUUAGCCGGUCGCUUCCUGCACCCUGAGCUCUCUGAAGCUAUGGAGAAGGGUUUCCCCAAAUAGCGUCCUCUGAAUAAGGGGAGGAGCCCAAGCCCAGGCCACAGCUGCAUGUUGCAUUAAAUGUGUUCUCAUGUUGCA